UGCCCGGUGGUAAGUUUUAAGAUUGUGGAAGUGGAGAAAAUAAGAUGGCUACCACCAACAGAGUAAUAACACAACAGUAAAAUAUAUUGACUCUUACACUUGAUGAAACAUGAAAACAAAUGAUGUGAAGUGGUGCUGUUUUAGAAGAAAGAAUCUUGUGUUUUGUGGAGUUCUAAAAGUAAGAAAAGGAAGAUAGAAGGGAAAGGAAGGAACUUCUGGUUUGUGCUGUGUGAAGAUAAAGAAACAAUGAAUGAAUUAUCAGAGGAGGAACCUGUCGAGGUAAAGGUUGAGCCAGUAGGUGAUAUAUCAAUUGAUAACACGAGUUCCCGUUUAAUUGAAAGCGAUGAAGACUGUGAUGAUUUUGAUGGAGAAGAAGACCAGCAUUCAAGAGCAAAUAAUUUAAGGAAGUAUGCUACAGAAGAGGUAGAACAAGUUGAGUUUAUAAAUUCGUGGAAGAGUGCAUGUCUUUCUUUACAUGAGGGUAUUGUGAAAAAAUCCACAGCUUCUAAACCGGAGUUGGACAAUGAAGAGAUAAAAAGUAACAGAAAUUAUACUCAUUUGACGUCUGUUAAGAAUGUGACAGAGAAUAAGAUAGCAGCAGAGGAAGAAGAUUCCAGAAGUGAUGAGGAUUCUUCUUGUGCACUGUCAGAAAGCCAUCUAUAUAGUGAGCUUCUAGAAAGUGACAGAGAAAUUUACGAACUUAGUGAGAACUUGGAAAAAGACCAAAAUUCAAAUAACGAAAUUUCAAAAGCAUGGGAACAAAGAAAAUCAGACUUGAAGACAUACUCUUGUAGCAAAUGUAGAAAAACAUUUUCAAGGUGGCUACUUCUUAUGCAGCAUAAAGAAAGUCAUGAAGAUACUGUAAUCGGAAAGAAGCACAAAUGUCAACUGUGUAGUUACUCUUCUGACAGAUCCAGUAGUGUUAACAGACAUAUGGUAAUACACACAGGAGAACGUAGAUACAGUUGCGACACCUGUGGGAAGAGAUUCACACAGAAAGAAAGCUUAAGACAACAUCAGCGAACACACACUAAAGACAAACCAUUUAGCUGUGACAUAUGUGGAAAAAAGUUCAAGCAGAAAGGAAGCAUAAAAAAGCAUCAGCUGAUCCACACUGGAGACAUACAUUAUAUAAGACGAUUUAGAUGUGAUGUUUGUGGAAAAAAAUUCACACAAGAUUACCUAAGAAAACAUCAGAUGGCACAUGCUGGAGAAAAACCAUUUAGUUGUGAUGUAUGUGGGAAAAGCUUUACUUAUGUAGUGAGUUUAAAAAGACAUUCAUUAAUCCAUACUGGAGAAAAAGAACUUGGUUGUAAUAUCUGUGGGAGAAUGUUUUCAUUAAAUGCAGGCUUAAAGCAACAUCAACUUAUUCAUACUGGACAUAAGCCAUAUGUUUGUGACACUUGUGGUAAAAGGUUUACACGUAGUCACCACUUAAAAAGACAUCAAUUUGUUCACACUGGAGAGAGACCAUUCAAAUGUGAUAUAUGUGGGAAAAGAUUUUCACUAGAUUCAAACUUAAGACAACAUCAAUUGAUCCACACUGGACAGAAACCAUUCGGUUGUGACAUUUGUGGUGAAAGGUUUAGGAUAAGUGGAUAUUUGAAAAGGCAUCAGUUAGUCCAUACUGGAGAAAGACCCUUCAGCUGUGAUAUGUGUGGCAAGAGGUUUAAAGAAAGUUCAACACUGAGAAAGCAUAGCUUCCGUCACUCUGAAAAUAUAUUACUUAGUUGUGUCAUCUGUAAGAAAAGCUUUACUAAAACAGAAGAAUUGAGCAAACAUUGUGCAAUACACCUAAAACCUUCACCUGAAACAGCGAAUACAUAAGAAAACAAAAUCUUAGUGCAUUUUAACGUGUAACGAGAUUAAAUUUAAUAUAAUAAUAACAGGUUCAUCUCAUUUAUUUAUUUAUAGUGUAUAAUCCUCAUAGGUUGGACAGUUCAACUAUAAAAAGUGUUUGUAAAUAUUAUUUUUAUUUAUACAUAGGAAAAGAAAACCUUAGUGCAUUUUAACGUGUAAUGAGAUUAAAUUUAAUAUAAUAAUAACAGGUUCAUUUCAUUUAUUACUUUAUCGUGCAUAAUCCUCAUAGGUUGGAUAGUUCAUCUAUAAAAAGUGUUUGUAAAUAUUAUUUUUAUUUAUGAGCAGUUUUGUGUUUAAUUUAUAAUUGUAUUCAGUUUUGCAAGAUUCACCACAAAAAAAUAAUAAAUUAAGACUCAGUUCACAUGAACAAAUAGAAUAAAUUAAGACUCAGUUCACACGAACAAAUAGAAUAUUUAACACUGUACAUAAUCAAUUAUGAUUUUCUCAAAAAUAAAGGGGGAUAAGUGCAAUAUAAUGGUACACGUUGGCCAGAAAGAUAUCUUAACUUUCUAAUUCUCAAUGGAGAAUCCUUUUCCCUAGCAAGGUUGAGAUUAAAAAAAAAGACUGAAUUUAGGUGUAGCAGUAUACAAACACUCUUCAUCUCUUGAUAGUAUAAUAUAUCUUGCUAGUCAGAACUAUAUAUUUAUUUUUUUAAAUUAUACAUGGAUUUUUCACUACGUUAAAAUACUUCUAUUUGCGAAAUUUCUGGAAGCUCCAGUAAGAGGGCCAAAAUCUAGACAAGAAAAGUAUUUUAACGUAGGUAAAAUUCCAUAUAUAAUUCUACAUAUUAAUUUACCUAUGUUAUAUAUUUUUUGUUAAAUGUUUGUGUGAUUUUCUUAUUAUUAUAUAAGAUUUUAAAUCUGUCUCGAAAGACAUUGGUUACUGUUAAUCAUGAGUUUUGAAAAAUGAAUGCAAAGAUGAUGGAAAAUUCAUGAAAAAUAAGCAGAUUACUAUCAUCAAAAGUAAUUUUUGGGCAAUUGUUCUAUUUAAAGCCCCUUGUACUGAUAGGCUUAAACAUGACUUUAAAAGGGGGAGUUGCUCAAAAUGUUGCCUAAUAAAAGUCUGUUUAAGGUUAGACUACUUGUACCGAAAACAAAUGCUUAAUCCAGUCACAAAUUAAAUACUUGUGAUAGCAUUAGCUGUUAUUUCUGAUUAAGACUAACAGAUAUAAAUAGGUAAUUAACGCAGAGUAAUAUUCAAUAAACUAUUAACUAUGCAAUUAAGACAUUUGAUAGUUUAUUUUCAGCACCAGUCAUACAUAAGGUUUUAAGAGUUAGAUAUGGCUUUUUUUUAAACUCUAAAAUACAGAUUUUGGUCUUGAAGUAAAAUCUAGUGUGAUUGUUAUAGCUUCAAGACCAAAAUCGUUAUUUAAUGCUUCAAUUGUAUACUGUAAAGCUUUCUAUAUGCAUAUAUUUCAUCGAAGCACUGUUGUAUUGUUAUUCAAGCAGAUUAUGCUCCAAUCAUCCCUCUUAGUGAAAGAAUGUCAUAGUUUUUGUGGGUUAUUGAAAUUUUUGAUUUAGCUAUUAAUGUUUGGCAAAUCUAAAACUGUUAUAACUUUUCAUCACAGAAUUUGUGAACAUAUUCCAGGUUAAAAUAAUAUAAAUUCCUAAACUUCCUGUUGUUGUUUUGUUUUAACCCUUUUUUUAAAUUCUUAUCUUCAAAGCCCUUGAUGUGAAUUAAUUUCAAACAGAUAAAGUUGACAUCGGAGGAUAUUUUUCGACACUCCAUCCUCUUAAUUUUUAUGAAAAAAAAAUCAAGUAGCUUAGUAUAUAUAUAUAUGCAUGCAUUACAAUUAGGAUACUGUAUUGUGUGAAUUUUAUCAGUAAAUUGAUUAGAAUAGUUAACAAAAUAAUAAACUUGAUGACUGUACAUUACAAAAACAUUCUGAAAUGAUUUCUAAAAUUGAGAAGAUGGUAACAUUAUCAGAACUGACUUUGACUACUGUGAUGAUUUCAGUUCUCUUCAUUAUGUUGUUAGCUGUAGAAAUGUAUAAAAAAGUGUUAUAAUGGUAAUUUAUAAUAAGAAAAAGAAUACUGAUGCAGAAAAUUAGCAGUAAAUGUGAACAUGAAGGUAACAAAUGCAUAGCAUCAACCUUCUUCAGUUGAGUUUCUUGUUUGGUGUAAAUGUUAGCAAGAUUCUACCAAGUAAAUAAAAAGGUUUAUGUAAUUAUUGUUGUUUUAAAUAAAGUGUCUGUACUUUAGAAAGUAAAUUAAAGUCCACUAAUUAUUUGAUGAUUUUUAAACGUUCACACAAUAAAAUUAGCACUUCCUAAGGCAUAUUGAGACUGCACUAAAUACAGCAUUCAGAAGCCAAUGUCAUUAAUGAAAUUACUUUGUAGUGCACAUGAUUAAAAUGAACUGUAUAAAAGGUUAAUUUUGGGCAGAAUUUCAUUGAAGUUAAAACCUUGUUUAAUUCAAAACAGAAUAUACAGAUGUGUCUGUAUAUAUAUAUAUAUAUCAUUUUCUAUAACUAUGAAGAUUAAGUUACUGAUGUACAAUAAAAUAUAAUGGUGUCAUUUUCUGAUUCAAAUCUCAGUUGUAACUGAACUUUGAACUAGCAUUUUAUAAUCACGUUUUUAAAACUAUUUGUAAGCACUUUUACUCAAAAUAUUUGAUUCUGGCUGUAAAUAAAAUCAUACCCUAGAAUAACCGACUUAUUAUUAUUUGUAAAGAAUUGUACAGUAAUUCACACUUUUACUCAAAAUAUUUGAUUCUGGCUGUAAAUAAAAUCAUACCCUAGAAUAACCGACUUAUUAUUAUUUGUAAAGAAUUGUACUGUAAUUCACA